UAUUGUAAAUAAUAAAUUUAUUAAAAUAAAUUUAUAUAGUGAUUAGUGACGUUAAAUUAAAUGUAAAGAUAAACAUAAUAAAAAAGAAUGUUACAUUCAGAUAAUGAUAAUACACCAAAUGAGUCAAUGAUUAUUUCUCAAGUGGCUAAUUCUCACGUUCCGCAGGAUUUUACUGUUUCAAGACUUUUAUCCACUUCUAAUCAUCAUUUAGAUUGCAAUGAAGGAGUCUCUGGUGGAGGUAGAAGACCUAGACGGAGUAGAACAACAUUUUCAGCCCAACAACUAGCUGCUCUUGAAAGAGUUUUUGAGAGAACACAUUAUCCUGAUGCUUUUGUAAGAGAAGAACUUGCGACGAGAGUAUCUUUAUCUGAAGCUAGAGUACAGGUUUGGUUCCAAAAUCGAAGAGCUAAAUUCCGAAGAAAUGAAAGAAGUUCCGCAUUAAGUAGAGGUACUUCUUCAACACGAGAUAUUGAAACUACUUUGCCAUUAAGACCAAUAAGGAUAGCAUAUACUCAUGAAAACACAUCAGAUGGCUUACAAUCUCCUCCUCAAGUGCCUCAAUACUCUUACAGCGAGUACUGGAGAUCAUCUCAACAUUAUGCUGCGGUACAAACAACUGCAAGUUGUCAUGGUUUUGUCAAUGGGAAUCUCAGUAAUGUGAGCUUUCCAUCGUACCAUCAGUCAGAAGUUCAUGGAAGUAUUGAGGGAGCUUCAAUGAAUGGCUUGAGUAGUCUUAGAUUAAGAAGUCAUCCUUACGGUGCAACUUAUUCUGCCAUGCAUGCCAGUAUGUGACUUACUAGUAUUUUUAUAAAAUUAAAUAAUAAAAAAGUGCCUAAAUUAAAAAUUCAUUGUAUUGUUAUUAGAUUGAGCAAAGAUGCCAAAGAAUUUUUUUUUUAAAUUAUAUAAAUGUUAUCAGAAUAAUCAUGUGAUUAAUAAAAUAAAUAAGAUAGAUACGUUGUUUUUGGCCGUUUAGUUUGAAACUCUCGAUGAAAAUAGAUUUUAUACAAUUGUAUAAAAUUAUAUAUAAAUUGGAUAGAAAAAAUGGCCUGAUCCAUGUGUAUACAAUCGUACAUAACUAUAUCUUAUUUGUAGAUAAUUUGUAUAUAAUCACAUAAUGUUUUCGUAUAAAUUCUAAAUAAUAGGGUGGCCCAAAAAACCGACUAUAUUUUUUUCGAGUCUCUUAUGAAAAUUUGUUGGUUUACGAUGUUUUAAGAAGCCUCUCCAAAAAUCGAUAAAAAAUUUUCAAAAGGUCGCUCACGAAUUUUGAAAAUAUAAAAAAUUAUCGAAAUUUGAAUUUUUAUUUCAAAUUUAUUUCUUUUUCGUGGCAGCAAUAGUUUAUAUUUGUGGAAUCCUGACUAAGCUGAAAAUUAAAGCCCAAAAUUUAAAUACUUAAACCUCGCUCAAGAAUUUUGAAUGUUUCCGAGUGCUGUCUUUUGAACGUUUUCGAGCGACCCUUGAAUAUUAAUAAUAAAACUUCUCGAUUUUUUCAUCAUCAAUUUGCAUCGCAAUGAAUGGAAAUAUAACCCGAGAAAUAGAAAUAAUAAGUUAUUUACAUACUUUUUUAUUUUUUAAUUCAAUUUUUAGGUUUUUUCGCUUAUUCAAAACUUACAAAAUUUUAUUGUUUAAGACUGUCCCGUAUAUUUUUGGUUGUGCAAAAGUUAUAUUUUAGUUAAAUGUCAAUAAUUGAAUUAUAAAAAAAUACAAAAACUUAUUCAAAGUAUUAGUUACAUUUUAUCAGUUAAUAUUCAAAAUUCUUGAGCGCCGUUUAAAUAUUUAAAUUUUAGGUUGAAAUUUUUAGCAUGGACAUGAUUUUACAAGUAUAAACUAUUGCUGCCACGAGAAAGAAAAAAUUUAGAAGUAAAAAAUCCGAAUUUCAGUUAUUUUUGAUAUUUUCAAAAUUCGUAAGCGACCUCUUAAAAAUUUUUUAUCCAGCUGAUUUUUGAAGAGGCUUCUUAGAACAUUGUAAGCCAAAAAAUUUUCAUAAGAGACUCGAAAAAAAAUAGUCGGUUUUUUUGGGCCACCCUAAUAUAUAAUUAUAUACAAUUCUAUAUAAUUGUAUACAAAUAUAUACAUUUGUAUAUAAUUUUAUUAUUCUUUUUUGCAUUUUUAUAUAGAAUUAUAUAUGAUUGUAUAUAAUUGUCUAUAAUUAUAUAAAAAUUUUAUAUAAUUAUGCAUCACCUCUAUCCAAUUGUAUAUAAUUCAUAUAUAACUGUAUACAGUUAUAUAAAAUUUUUUUUCAUCGGGCUAUCAGUUUUAUUGACAUUUUUUCCGUACUAACUUUUAUUACAAAUAUACACAAUGUUAAAAAUGAAAUAAAUACUAUCCAAAUUUAUUUUAUUUUAAAUACGAUUUAGCUUUUAUAGUUUGUAAAUUUUAUAAAA